UUUCUGUGUUAAUUUGUAAUCAAUGUUAAUUAGUUUAGGAAGACAAACUGACAGAAAAUGUUGAUUAAUUGAUAACUACUUUCUUUGGUGUAACGUUAUGGGAUGACGUAAAAAGUUCACGAACUUGGAAUCUUCCCAAACAGUGCAGUAGUAAAGAUGCUUAUGUGCACUCAAAAUGAACAUUGUGUUUCGACAUGUAUGGCCUAAAAUUUUGAUUCUUCCUUCUGCUAACCUCAUGAGUUUCGUUGUUACCGGUAUAAUCAUAGGAAAUAUUGACAAUUGUAAUUAUCCAUGAUACUUGUCAGCUAUGGAAGCAGAAUUGAUGUGUGGUGUAUGUUUGGAAUAUUUUGACAAACCUCUAAUGUUGCCAUGUACCCACAAUUUCUGUAAGAAAUGUAUAGAGGGGAUACUCUCUGUGAAUAGUAGACCAAACAUUUAUGGACAAUUACCAAGACAUCGUCUGAAGUUUCAUUUGGAUUGUCCUUUGUGUCAACGUCCUAUUGAAUUAGAUCGUGGUGUUGAAUCUUUGACAGUCAAUAGAAUUUUGGAAAAUAUCAUUGCUCUUCACAGAAAAGAUGAACCAUUAGCAUCUAAUGAUGCAGCAUGGAAACUUGAUUCUUCAGUAUCUGACAGUCCCUGUCUUCUUCAUAAUUCUGAACCGAUGUCAUUGUACUGCCUGACUUGUAACAGGGCUGUGUGUAAGUCAUGUGACUGUGUGACAGACAAAUCAUCAGGCACUAUUCAUAAAUGUGUCCCAAUCAAAGAACAAGCAGACCAAUACCAGAUGAAAAUAUCUAAUGCCAUUUCUGAAAUUAAAAGAAAGGUUGUCCCAGUCCAUGAUGAAAUACAACUGCUUCAGGACAUGAUGGAACAAAUCAAGGCCAAUGAAGAAAGUAUUAAAAGUCAACUUGAAGGUCAGAUUUCUGGACUAAUCCAGUCAUUAAAAGGUCAACAUCAAGAAUUAUUACGUCAACUCCAGAAUGAUAUAAAAUCAAUUAAAAGACCAAUAGAUGAACAGUUAAGAAAACAUAAACAGCUCAGUAAAACUGUGGAAGAUCAUCUGAAACGACUGAACGGUAUAAAAACAGCAAAAGAUACUGGACUUAGAAUUAAGUUAAUGAAGGAAUCUGAGAGACAACUAAACAGUUUAUUAUGUUUCGAUAUGGUAAUGUUCAGUACAAAGGAUAUGCCAACAGUUGAUAUGCCUGUUUGGGAGAUAGACAAAGAAGGGGUGUUACAAAGUAUACAGCAACUACAGUGGAAAAAGUCUGGUGGUACUAUGCCAGAUGAAAUUUCGUCAGGACCUUCCUCUACACAGUCAUCUAGACAGUCAUCUAGAGAAGAUGAUUGCCUUCCUAAAACGACACAGUCAUCUAGACAGUCAUCUAGAGAAGAUGAUUGCCUUCCUAAAAUGACGCAGUCAUCUAGACAAUCAUCCAGAGAAAAUGAAUGCCUUUCUAAUACGACACAGUCAUCUAGACAGUCAUCCAGAGAAAAUGAAUGCUUUUCUAAUACAACACAGUCAUCUAGACAGUCAUCCAGAGAAAAUGAAUGCUUUUCUAAUACGACACAGUCAUCUAGACAGUCAUCCAGAGAAGAUCUUCCUAAAACUCCGCCAAUAUCUUUUGCACAAUCACCUAGUUCUAUGACAUAUAAUGAAGGAACAGUCACCAGGUCAACUAUGACUAAAAAACAAAAACCAAGGAAUUUAGAUCCCAGUCUAAGAAGAGUUUCAGAACAGGACAAUAUUCAACCAAAUAUUGUAGUUCCUAAUAUUCCUCCAGUAUCAACCAAUACAUCAACAAAACCAACAUCAGCCACAUAUACUCAACCAUCAUUUUCAAAUGUUUCAUCCGCUUCAUUUAGAAUAGCUCCUACUCCUGUUAGUAUAAAUUCAGCCUCAAAUUUUGUGCCUAUACCGAGAGGUGUUCGUGCUGCAUCAGAGCCUGUUGUCCCUGGAAAUGUGGUUUCAAGUUAUAAACAAAAUGUCAUUACACCAAAUCCUAUGACAACCACAACAUCUUGGUUUUCAUCUACAGUCAUACCAUCAACUCCAAAUGGUGAACAGAAUAUGAUAACUGCACCUCCUUGUUCAUCGGAAGCUUCUCAAAGGCUUAUUCCAGCAUCACAUAGUAAAUUUUCUAAUAGUCAGCCAAGGACAACUACCACCUCCAUAAACAUACCAAAACCUAAUGUUGGUUUUGUUGUUCCUAAAAUAACGUCAGGUGCCGAAGCUGCAGGGUACUCGCCUCCAGGGCUAGAGACUUAUGAUAAUGUAUCUAAAGCUUUUCCUGUCCCAAGUACUGCAGAUUUUAUCCCUCAGACAUCAUCUGUUGCCACAGGGACAAAUACUGUGCUACCCAACCGAGGUCUUCCUAGGAAACCUAAGACAGAAUAUGGUAAUAAGAACAAUAAUUCUGUUGUAAAUACUGCGACACUCAUGGCAAUGGUGUCCGACGAGGGAGAUAUAGGAGUUGAUACUAUUAUAAAGUCAAUGGAAACAGUCUGUCGAGGUGUCCGAGAUGAUUCUAACAUACCAUCUAAUACCAAUAACUUCCCCCCUUCUAGCAAUGUAAAUGUUCGUGUGGAUAGGAGAUUCAGUACAGGAAAUGCCAAUGUUCCGACACAGUCAAAUUGUAAUUUUAGAACAGCAAAUCUGCCAACUAUAUCAGCUAGAGAUUUUUCUCCAACAACACAGAAUAGAUCUAUUUCUCCAAAUUCUGGACCUAGAAGGACAGUUAGACCAAAGAAGAAAAUAUCUAGAUGAAAUUGUAUUUUGAAAUAGUUCUGUGAUUAUGAUAAGAUUUUGAUUGCAUGCAAUAUUUAGAUAUAAAUAUGUGAGUGUAAUUAUGGGCUUUUUUGCAACAUAUUCAUUUCAUGGUCUACAUAUUUAGUUCUUGUGCCAAAACAUUUUGAUAAGUCUACUGCUUGCUGUAUUGAUAUUUAAUUUCAGUAAGUUCUCUUAUUUGAAUAUGCAUGAAAUAUUUGCCACUGGACAUUAUGAAAUUAAUAAUCAAUCAGUAAUUCCAUUCUGAGAAGAGGCUAACUAGUCAGUGAGCAAAGUUCUGAACCCCAAAAAAAUAUUUCCAUAUAGAUCUCUUCUGCUAUUAUAUGAUAUAUAUCAGUUAAGUUAUCCACAUAGAUCUCUUCUGCUAUUAUAUGAUAUAUAUCAGUUAAGUUAUCUACAUAGAUCUCUUCUGCUAUUAUAUGAUAUAUAUCAGUUAAGUUAUCCACAUAGAUCUCAUCUGCUAUUAUAUGAUAUAUAUCAGUUAAGUUAUCCACAUAGAUCUCUUCUGUUAUUAUAUGAUAUAUAUCAGUUAAGUUAUCCACAUAGAUCUCAUCUGCUAUUAUAUGAUAUAUAUCAGUUAAGUUAUCCACAUAGAUCUCUUCUGCUAUUAUAUGAUAUAUAUCAGUUAUGCUGUAUUGUUUUCCAUAAAGGAGAGAAAAUUUUUGUUCCUGGAGACAAAAAUCCACGUUAAAAAUUUCAGCAUUGUUUGUCAACACAUAAAAUUAAGUGACCUGUGAUUUUCAAAGUAUACUAGGAUAUAGCUGUUUAGGAUAUUUCUGUUUUUAGAACUGUUGAACUUUAACACUAUAUUUAUUAUUUGUUGGUAAGUUACAGCAUGUACAGUAACAACAUUCCGCUAAAACUUAGAACUGCAGGGUAAAAUCAUUAUUACGAGCCGAAAUUUGUAUAAUUUAUAUUAAUUGAUAUCAGGUCUUCAGAGUCCUUUUUUUUCUUUUAUCAGAAUCUGUUUUUAGAGUUGCUGCAAUUGUAAAGUACUUAGGUGCUAUACUAGUGAAAAACUAUAUAAUGUAUGUCUCUUAUCUAAUAAUCAUCAGUGAAAUGGAACACAGCCUUUCUGUCUUUAAACAUUUCCAAACUGGUCUGAAGAAUUUUUAAAGUUUAAAAAAACUUUUCUAUUUAGAUAUUGUAUGUUAUCUAGAAGCUGUAUACCAAUCAAUGGCCAUGGUUGGUACAAAUGGAACAUUUUCUAUUUUUGUCGAGCCUUCGACUUUUGUCGAAAAAGCGAGACAUAGCGAUCCUACAUUCCGUCGGUGGCGUCGUCGUCGGCGGCGUCCACAAAUAUUCACUCUGUGGUUAAAGUUUUUGAAAUUUUAAUAACUUUCUUAAACUACCCUGGAUUUCUACCAAACUUGGACAGAAGCUUGUUUAUGAUCAUAAGAUAUUAUUCAAAAGUAAAUUUUGUAAAAAAAAAAUUCCAUUUUUUCCGUAUUUUACUUAUAAAUGGACUUAGUUUUUCUGCCAGGAAACAUUACAUUUACUCUGUGGUUAAAGUUUUUGAAAUUUUAAUAACUUUCUUAAACUAUCCUGGAUUUGUACCAAACUUGGAAAGAAGCUUGUUUGUGAUCAUAAGAUAGUUUCCAGAAGUAAAUUUUGUAAAAAAAAAAAUCCAUUUUUUCCGUAUUUUACUUAUAAAUGGACUUAGUUUUUCUGCCAGUUAACAUUACAUUCACUCUGUGGUUAAAGUUUUUAAAAUUUUAACAACUUUCUUAAACUAUCCUGGAUUUGUACCAAACUUGGACAGAAGCUUGUUUAUGAUUAAAAGCUAGUAUCUAAAAGGAAAUUUUGUUAAAAUUUUGUUCCAUUUUUCCGUAUUUUACUUAUAAAUGGACUUAGUUUUUCUUCCAGUUAACAUUACAUAACAGUCGGCAGUUUAAGUUUUUAUUUUAAAACAUUUAUUAGAUUCAUAAACUAUCCUGGAUUUUUCCCAAAUUUGGACAGAAGCUACUUACAAUCAAAAGAUAGUAUAGAGAGGAAUAUUUUUAUUAAUUUUUUUCCUCAUUUUUGUUGAGCCUGUGAUUAACAGCAAAAGUAGGCGAGACACUGGGUUCCGCGGAACCCUUACAAAUUUUUGGAUUAUGUAGAGACGGAAUAAAACUAUUAAUUUCUUUUUCUUCAAAACUAUAGAUAAUCAUUUUUGACAUUCCUGAAUCAUUCAUUGUUUUGGUUAUAUGACCACAACUAAAUGGCAACCAUGAAUGAUAAUUGCAGUAAAAAUUGAAAACAAAAUAGUGAAAUUUCAACUUUUCUUUUAGUAAUUAAUUUAUCAAUGUACUACAAGCCAAUUUUUUGAUUUCCUUAGAGAGCUUAAGGAGUCAAUAUUAAUUAUAUUUGUACCUUCAAUAGUACAUUUCAACCAAUAAAUGAAUCUAUUUAAUUGUAUGUCUAAAAGUCUCAAGAGAUAAAUCUCUAUGUAUUCUAAAUCUAAAAAAAAUCAGUAAAAUUCUACGGAAGUCAGGAUUGAAAAAUUUGGUUUUAGACCAACGCACACUCACAUAGCGAACAGCUAUUGCAUUUUGUGGGUUUGUAUUGUUAAGAUUUUACAGUACUUUUAACAAUGUAAACCCAAACUCCAACUAUUAUAUAAUUUUUCCUUCCCAGCAUGUGAAUUUUGUUUUGUGCUUUCUGUUUUUUUGAAAUACAUGUUCAUGACAUCAAGAAAUGUUCAUGACAUUACCACACGAAUGCAAAUUGUUGCUUAUUUUUUUUGAAAGUUUGUGCUCCCUUUAUGUUAUACAUGUAUUUACAAUUUAUGAACUAAAAUGCAACUGCACACAUAUCUUUUCUUAGUUAUAACAUAUUUUAUUGUUGAAAUAAUACAUGACAAAAAGAUUGGACACAAGUUAUAUAAUUUAGAAAUGUAGUCUCUGUCACUCUUUUGAAAAAUUACUUAAGAAUUGAAUGAGAUACUGUAAAUUCAGAAAUUAUUGUGUGCAUUUAUUAUUGCGAUUUUUGAAGAAUGGACUAAAAUGCAAGAUUAAUUAUUGCGAUUUCAGGAAAAUCUGCAUACAGAUAUAAGUAUUAGAUAUCAAAAUGCGGGUUCUUAUUAUUGCGAUUUUCAUCCACUCGCAUUAUUCGCAUUACUAAAAACCUCACAAUAAUUUCUGAAUUUACAGUACACAGAAUCUCAACAAGUUAUCUCCCUUAUUUAAAGGUAAGUAGAUGUAUGUUUUUAUCUAUUUAACGAUUGAUGAUCUAUUUAUUACAUAUAAGGGUUUCAAAUAUUCAACCACAGAUUUUUACUACAAAACUGUAAAGUAUUUCCCUUUUGGAAUUUCUACACAAUAAUCUAUUGAAAGUUGAUAUAUAUUUAUUGAACAUUAUUAUGCAAUGUAAUAUUUUAUGUAUAUAUAAUUUACACUUUGUUGAGCCGAUUUUCUGGUUACUUUUUGACUUGUUACGAUUUGUUUACAUUUUGUUUAAAAAGCAAUUGUAUUGUUAUGGUUAUUCUAUGCAGCUUAUGAUAUUUCUGAGUUAUACAUUACAAUGUAAAAUAGCAUUUAAAAAUUAAUUAUUAUGUUUAGAAUAUGUUAUUUUUUUGCAAAGUGGUGCUUUUUAUUAUUAUUUAUUUCAACCAAACUGUGCUGAAGAUUAGUAACUCAUUUUAUUUAACUGUUUUCAUUUAGCAUCAAGUACUGAUUCAUGCCCCUUUUUGAGGCCACAAUUCUUUUACUUUAUAAAAAUAUUGAGAUGUGGAAUUGUCAAUGAGACAACUAUCCACCAAAGACAGAAAAUUACAGGACAAAAUUAAGCAAAACAUCUACCCUAUAGUAUUUUUUCACAAGCAAGAGAUUUUUUCUUUGAAUUAUCUUUCCUUAGUUAGAAGCAAGAUAUAUAUAAAAAUAAUUGUUUGAUUCUAUGUUGAAAAAUCCUUUAAAUUUUUAUGAAUAGAGAAGAUUUGGAAAAAGCCAAUGAAGCAACCAAACAACACAAAAACUCAAAAGAUAGACAUUUUGUUUUAUUGUAAAAAAAAUUGGCACAUCGUUAUUUCAAUUAUUAAAAAAAGCAAAACUUUGAAAGGGGAAUCAGCCUCUCAUUUAUAAUGCUGUUUUUUUGGGGGAAAAACUGUAAAUAGAGUCAAAAACUGGUGCAGAAAAAGGAUUAGCCAUGGCCUGAGAUGUGAAAAUGAAAACAGUCAGUGCUUUUACUUGAAAACAGUGCUACUACUAAGAAAAAAGUUUCUCUAAUUCUUACCCGAUUUAUCCUUUUCCUGACCUGUUGAUUAUUUUUAUUUAAUCAACGUGUGGUUCGUUUGAUCUCAGUUCUUCAUUGGUCAAAAUUGGAUUAUGACACCAAGUUUUCUUGCUUUCCUCUGAAUUUCCUAUUGUGACAUCAUGAAAAAAGGCGACCAUGCCUGAUAACGUCACAUAGAAAGAACACAUCUUUUUGCAAAUCUUUCGAAAAGAAGGAAUAAGGUUGUCUAUAUAUCUCCCAAAAGUCAUUAUAGAAACAGAUUCCACCACCAAAUCUUGUGCAAAACGAUAUUUAUACACUCGACAGUUAAAAUUUAAAUAUUUAAAAACACUUGGCAAGCCUCACGUUUUAAAUUUGAAAAUUUAACUGUCUAGAGUGGAUAAAUAUCGUAUCACAUGUAGUGCAGUGGUAGAAUCUAUAAAAUACUUUUAAUUUAGAUCUGAAACAAAUGGAUCAUUUUAUUUAUUCUAUGUAAUAGUCUUAUAAAGCUUUCAGCAUUUGUUUUAUUGUGCUUUGUUAAUAGUAUUGAAAAGAACUGACAAUUCUGUCAUUGAUUCAUUUGUUUUUUUUCAUGUAUGUAUUGUAAAGCAGUGUGGAACAUUCAGUUGAAACAAGUACCAAUAAAUUCUGAACAAUUGUUUCCAUUUUACAAAAUGUAAAAACAUGGUCUUCAAUGUUUUUAUGCAUAUGAUUUACACUCAUGCAAUGAAAUUUCAUGCAUGCAAGUACUUUUUGUAAUAUCGUUUAAUAUACAAAUUUUGCAAUAUUAACCUUUUCCCCUUGCUCUUUUGAAGGGCUUUCAAUCAUCCAGAAAUAGAAUUUUAGUUCUAACAAAUGUGUUCUGCUGAUAUCUUCCCAUUUUCACUAUCGGCUAUUAAUUCUGGUCACAUGUUUUACUAAAGUAAGAUUUAGCAUUUGAUUUAUAUAGUCAGAGGAUCCACUGGUGUCAGUCAGAAUCUUACUUGUUCAAAUGAGAGUAAAAUUAACUUGAGAUACAUUUUUUUGCUUCUCCAAGUAAAAAUAUGCAGACUACACUUUUAAUUAGAGUUCCCCCCCCUUUUUAAAUGUUACCAUUAUCUGUAGUAGUCUAACUUAUAAAAGUAAGUGUUGAAACUGUAGUGUGCAUCUUUCAUUUGUCAGACUGAAACCACAUUUUUUUUUUUAAAGAGAACAGCAACCCAACCAGGGAAAUUUUGUUCAUCAAUUACCCUUUAGUAUAAAAAAACAGGGUUUCAGAAGUCACCAAAAGCAGUGCAUUUAAGUCUGGAAAAGACAAUUUUUUAUUUAUGAUGUACCAUCUCAAGAUAUUUUUUGUCAUAUUUAAUGGCACUUUUUUGUUAUUUCAUGUGGUACAUUUGUGAUCAAUAAAGUAUUAUAGCUGUAAAUAAAAUAAAUGUAAACAGCAUUAUUACAUACAUGUAUAUGAGUGUGUUGGAUCUUACUUGUAAAGGUUAAAUCUGACUUUGAUAAGUAAUUUAAACCUUUUUUUUAACAAGUAAGAAAUAUUCAGACUUACACAAGCUGAUCCCUUGACUGUUAUAUAUAUAUGAAAAAUUUCCUAGGUAUCAUAUAAAAAGAAAAAUAGUAGUUUUCUUGUAACUGAAUGUACACUAAAAUAUCAGUUAGUCACAUUAAACAAAAAGUAUUUUACUAAUGGUCCCAGCUUUUGCUGAAAUCAUUUUAUUGAAUUGUAUGCAUGUUUUUUUCUUUGGCUCUAUAAUGGCUGUUGUUGCCUUGAUUUUUCUGUUAAUAAAUAUUAGAAUGGGAAAGUUGACAUUGUUCUACAGUUUGUACUGGUAUUUAACAAAUAAAAUUUGUUAAACAUAAAA